AUAAAGCGGAAAAGAAGUAUUUAGAGGAAGUAAAAUGCUAAACCUGAGAGCUGUGUAAUAUGAUGCAAAUACGUGUGGUCCAGUCAUGUCAACUUCAGGAUUUUCUACCGCAGCAAUGACGAACUCUGAAUGUACUGCCAUGGACUUAACAACACCAAUUUAUACCACAAUCGCCCAGAACAAUAUAAAGGUCGUGCAUUUACCCAGCUCGGUGCUUAUUUGUACCUACGUAAGUUGUUCUCUGUCGAUCUUAGGAGCAAUUAUUAUAUUUGUGACGUAUUGUACAGUUCAAGAAGCAAAGAAUCAGACCCGUCGUCUGCUCAUCUAUUUGACGAUUGCUGACUUUCUGACGUCAUCAGGAAACCUACUCGGAGCCUUACGGUAUUCUUACAACGACAAGCACCACCGACUCCACAAUGUCACAGACAGAGAACUCAGACGGCAUUGUGAACAUCCGGACGACCUCUGCGCCAUACAGAGUAUGGUUACCACAUUCUCUUCACUAGCCUCGUUUUCGUGGACCAUUAUCAUUGGGUUACAUAUUCUUCUAACUCUUGUUUAUCAGACAAGAUGGUGCUUCACUACCAUCGCAAAGGUGUUGGCCCAUUCCGCUUCCUGGGGUAUACCACUGGUGAUUACAUUAGUAGCAGCCUUUAAAAAUGUCCUUGGGGAGGAUCAGUACAUUGGUAGCGGACCUUGGUGCUGGAUAAAGGGUUGUAUGGACAACAGUGAACUUAUCCUGUGGAUGACCUUAACCGGGAAAGGGUGGGAGAUCAUGACCUACAUAAUCACAGCAUUCCUCUACAUUUAUCUCAAGUACUACAUGAUCAAAAAGCGUCGACGAGAGCGCAGGCCUAACCUUCGCUACAGUCAUAUCUCAAUCAGUCUCCGUGAUGAGGACGAGAACUACGUGCUGCUGUGGCUCGUUCUUUAUAUCCUUAGAAUCUGGGGGACAGCCAGAUACGGUAUACUUAUAUACAAAGUCGCGAAUGGUGUGGAAAUGGUGAACAAUUUAAACCACGUGGACAUGGUGCUUAUGCACAUUCAGAGUGUAGGUGAUAGUGCCCAGGCCUUUUUUAAUUGUCUGUUGUUUUGUGUUAAGGAUACUGCAGUCAGACAUGGACUCUUAAGGAUGCUCUGUCGGAGAGAUCAGGACCGACAACUCAAUGAUUAUACCCGGCUAUAGCACGUGACAAGGUGCGCCAAAAUUUUGAAAUUCUCGAACAAUUAAAGCUGAUUUAAUGUUUUCUCUUUGCAAUCAAAUAAACUAGCUCUAAAAAAAACAGACCUCGGUCUAAGGUUAAAAUGAGAAUUCAUUUAAGAUGUACAUAACCUGAGUAUUAUGAAUUUAUCAUGAUAUAAAGAGAAGAUUUAUACCUUU